GGUUAUGGUAUUUAUUUUUUAUUUAUUUUUUGUCACAAAGAAAUACAAUCAUGUGUGCUUACGGACUGUAUCCCUGCAGACUAUAUUGAUCUAUAUUGAUAUAUAAUGUAUAUAUUGUGUUUUUUAGGUUGAUUUGAUUGAUUGUUCUAUUUUAUUGUUUUAUUUCUUGUGCGGCCCGGUACCAAUCGGUGCACGGAUGGUUGGGGACCACUGCUCUAGAGUCCACAUAUGACCUGCACCAUAUGGUUAUCGUUUAAUACUUAACCAGACUUCCGAAGCUUCCUCUCUCGCUUUUUUUUGUAACAAUAAUCAUCCAUCGUAAACUUUUGUAUUUGGUAUAUUAAACGCCGUGUCUAAGUUUGCUAUUGAUAAGAUAUGAAUUUACCUUUAUUUUAUAAUUAUAUUAUACAUUACAACGUUUCCUGUACGGACUUCUAACAUCCGCUUUCGUCACCCAGCAGCCUUUUUCUGAUUGGCUGUGUGCUUUGCUGAAGCGUUUUCCCGCGUUGUGUCUGUCGCAAAACAACACACCGAGUUGACAGUCGGUGGGUGUACAAAACUAAGACAUUUGAGACACUUUAUUCACAAUUUAACGACAGUUUAGUAUUGCGGGGGAAUGCCACCACCAUCAGAUUAUGACCAGGCCAGUCUGCCGGAUUUACUACCGCUUUACUACCGACGACUGUUUCCAUUCUCCCAGUACUACCGCUGGUUAAACUAUGGAGGAGUGCAAAAGAACUACUUCCAGAACCGAGAGUUCUCCUUCACCCUCAAAGAUGACAUAUACGUCCGCUACCAGUCUUUUACCACGCAGAACGAGCUGGAGAAAGAAAUGCAGAAGAUGAAUCCAUACAAAAUCGACAUUGGAGCAGUCUACAGCCACAGACCUAGUCAGCACAACACAGUGAAGUCUGGAACCUUCCAGGCUCUUGAGAAGGAGCUGGUGUUUGAUAUCGACAUGACGGACUAUGAUGAUGUCAGAAGCUGUUGCAGUGCUGCAGACAUUUGUCACAAGUGCUGGACUCUGAUGACUAUCGCCAUACGAAUCUUGGACAGAGCGCUUAGAGAUGACUUUGGUUUCCAGCUCCUCCUGUGGGUGUAUUCUGGCAGAAGGGGUGUUCAUUGUUGGGUGUGUGAUGAAUCUGCCAGGAAGCUUUCGGUAUCUGCUCGAUCUGCAGUGGCAGAAUACCUCAGUUUGAUCAAGGGUGGUGAAGAUACUGUAAAGAAAGUGGUGCUGACAGAUCCAAUUCAUCCCUUUAUCAAAGAGUCUCUGGCAGUGGUGGAGCAUUACUUUUCCACAUACGCGUUGCAAGAACAGGACAUCCUCGGACGCAAGGAGUCUGUUGAUAAAGUGCUGGGCCUUUUGCCUGAAGAUGUUCGAAAGGAGUUACAGCAGGAUUUCAAAAAUGAGAGAAAUCCGGAUAAUCGAUGGAAUCUCAUCAUGGACCAUGCAAUUAGGAAACAGGCAACUGCCAAGAAGGGUCAGCACUUUGAGAAAGAAAUCAUGUUGCAGUAUUGUUACCCACGACUCGAUGUGAAUGUCAGCAAAGGGGUGAACCAUUUGCUGAAGAGUCCCUUCAGUGUCCACCCUAAGACAGGGCGCAUCUCUGUUCCCAUGGACCUCAAAGACCUGGAUAAGUUUGAUCCUUUGACCGUGCCCACUAUCAGUAUGAUCUGUGAAGAGUUGGACCGAGCUAGGGAAGGUGAGGAGGUGGCAGUGGAGAAAAACGAGGAAAAGGCAGAAGACAAGGAUAAUGAGAAAGUAGCCGCAGAGAAACGAAAGCUAAGAGAUUACAAAAGAACCAGCCUUGCAAAAUAUAUUAAGUAUUUUGAUAAUUUUCUGGAUGUAGUCUCUCAAUCUUGGAAAGGAGAACUUCUCAGAAAGAGUGACCUUCAAAAGGAAUUCUGAUUUACGGAAGCUGACCAUGCUUACCAUGUUCUUUGGUGGUGUUUAGUUGUAUCAUGUUUUCAUUUCACAGAUAAACACUCACUUGAUUUUUCAACUUGUAUGUUUUACCUCAAACUCUCUUCCUUCUUUGUUAUGAAAACGUACAUAGAAUUUGCAUUCUUGAAUAAAAUAUUCAUUGUAUGAUA